GUUGUAAAAUAGACUGUGUAGUGGCUGCAGGGCUGUUUGCCUCCCUUAUUAAAUUACUCUCACAAAGAAGAGCUAGCAGGAAUAUAAAGCACCUUCAGAUCUCUCUGAGCUGCUUGUGGAAGGAACUGAGGAAUCUCUUCUCCCUGAGACUCUAGCUGACUACCUGGCCCUUCAGAAAAAAUGAGUGACAGCCUGGACGAUGGCUCUUUCAUGUUCACGUCGGAGUCCGUAGGAGAGGGACAUCCAGACAAGAUCUGUGACCAGAUCAGUGAUGCUGUCCUGGACGCUCACCUGAAGCAGGACCCAGAUGCCAAAGUGGCCUGUGAGACGGUGUGUAAGACUGGCAUGGUGUUGCUCUGCGGAGAGAUCACAUCCCGGGCCAACGUGGACUACCAGAGGGUGGUGAGGGACGCCAUCAAACACAUCGGCUACGACAACUCUGAAAAAGGUUUUGACUAUAAGACCUGUAAUGUGCUUGUGGCUCUGGAGCAGCAGAGUCCCGACAUUGCUCAGGGCGUCCACGUUGACAGAGAGGAGGAGGACAUGGGAGCUGGGGACCAGGGUCUGAUGUUUGGAUAUGCCACAGAUGAGACUGAGGAGUGCAUGCCUCUCACCAUCGUCUUAGCUCACAAACUCAACUCAAAGAUGGCUGAACUCAGACGCGACGGCUCCGUCCCCUGGCUGCGCCCUGACUCUAAAACACAGGUGACGGUACAUUAUGACCAGAAGAACGGAGCUGUGAUCCCCAAGAGAGUUCACACCAUCGUAAUCUCCGUCCAGCACGAUGAUUUUGUUACUUUGGCGGAACAGAAGAAGGUCCUCAAGGAGAAGGUGAUCGACGCUGUGGUUCCUGCUAAAUAUUUGGACGACAAGACCAUCUACCACCUCCAGCCCAGCGGUCGCUUCGUCAUUGGAGGACCUCAGGGUGAUGCUGGUGUGACAGGCAGGAAGAUCAUUGUGGACACAUACGGAGGUUGGGGCGCUCACGGUGGUGGAGCUUUCUCCGGUAAAGACUUCUCAAAGGUGGACCGCUCUGCUGCCUACGCUGCUCGCUGGGUGGCCAAGUCUCUGGUCAAAGCUAACCUCUGCAGGAGAGUUCUGGUUCAGGUAUCUUAUGCUAUCGGAGUGGCACAACCUCUGUCCAUCUCCGUGUUCACCUACGGUUCCUCCGAGAAAUCAGAGUCAGAGCUGCUGCGGAUUGUCAACAAGAACUUUGAUCUGCGGCCAGGAGUCAUUGUUAGGGAACUGAACCUGAAGAGGCCCAUCUACCAGCAGACAGCCUCCUACGGCCACUUUGGUCGACCAGAGUUUACUUGGGAGAUGCCCAAAAAGCUUGUGUACUAAAUACUCCACCUGCUUUUCCUUGAGGCGCCUCUUUCUUGGCUACGACUGCUUCAACUGAUUGGACAUUUUUAAAUAGGAAGAACCAAAGCCAACGUUAAAGGUGGGGUAGGUAAGUUUGAGAAACCGGCUCGAGAUCGCUAGAAUUUGAAAAUACACAACCGGAGAAAAUCUGCCACUUCCUUACAUAGCCCCUCCUCCAACACACACGAACGCGCACAUGACCAAUGAGGGCACGAGAUAAGUUUGUGCCCCGAUGGAAGGCUGACAGGCAGGUAGGCCAUCCAGUUAUUUUAGCCGGGCCGGCUAAAAUGAUUGGUCGUGCUUUUUACAGUACUACGGCUUCCACAGAUGACAUUUUUUUAUGGAUUUUUUGUCAAAGCACUUAAGAUAUUCAUUGCUAUCGGGAUGUUAAGAGCAUUCCAUGGAAUAUAACAAAAAGUGUAUCUCAAGCCGGUUUCUCAAACUUACCUACCCCACCUUUAACGAUAAAUAAGAUUAAAAGAGAUGAGGAUUAUCAUCAUAUGCACGAGUGGUUGUACUGUAGUCAUGUAAUGUAGUAGACAGACAUGGCAGAGGACAUCUCAGUAACCAAUCCUUUCCCCCCCGUCCUUGAACAUCCAAUUAUUGGUGCUUUAUAAAUAUGGGUACAAUCGCUAGUCAAAGAUCUUCCCUGGUAAGGUAAAGCAACACCACAGCAAAUAGAAUCCACUGAAGAUAAAUAUUUCUCACCCACUAGAAUCAGGGUUUUACCUCAAAGCUGCAAAUGUUCCUUUACUUGACCAGUAUGAUGUACAGAAACCACCUCAGUGCUUUAUUUACUUCAUCAGUGACGAUCAUGAAUAUGUACGAAGUGUAAUUAUUGCUCAACCAAAGGCUCAGCUUUAGAAGAAAAUGUAAUCUUUUUUGUCAUGCCUGUAAAAUUCCUUUUCUAAGUCUUAAUUUGUAAUGUGUGCUACAGGAAGCUGUUUGCACUGUUACCAUCACUGUUGUACAUCCAGACAGGUCAUUACGUGGAGAGAGCACUGAUCUCUUCAACAUUAUGUUACAAUCAGUAAAUAGCCAUGCGGUUUUCACACUGCACUUCUUUUCUGUCAUCCUUUCAGCCUCUGCUUGGCUGAUUUGUAUCUUUAAAUGUUUGUUUUUUUUAACCUGUAGGCCCGCUGCUGUUAAAGAGUAUAUAUUUUAUCAAAACACUUAAAGUCUUAAUCAGUCUCUUCUCUUUGAAGUGGAUUACCAAGCUGUACGCUGUUGAGGCUAAGCAUUUAGUUCACCACUGAUGUCUUACAGUUGCUGCAUUUUUGACAAUGGUAUUAUAUCUGACAUAAUGCCAUGGUGUAGAUGCAGAUCACCUUCAUCUUUGAGAUAAUGUUAAGUUCUCUGCAGCUCUUUAUUGCAAAUUGAGAUCCUCCCUUGUGGAUUUAGAUUAAAAAAAGGGUUUUUCAAAUGUAUUUCUCAAAAGGCAUUUCGAACCUUGAAUCUUAAGGUAAAAAGUAUUUAAUCAAAUUAUUUCCUUCUGAUAGGGUCGAGGAAGUGUGAACAGUACUCACCUCAAACCUUCAUGUCUGCAGAGGUGCAUACUUUGUGGCUAUUGUAACAACCCGUGCUUUCUUUUACAGCCGACAUUGUUUUCUAUUUAAUGUGUUGAUCUGUGUUGACUCUGUUGGAAGAGAAUCUGGACAAUGUAAAUAAUGAAACAAUAAAGAAAAUUGAAGAUAUAAA